UCCGCAGGUCCGCCCCGUCAUUCCUGGCCGUGCGCACCGCCACGUCCCGUGUAGUAGGAUUUGGGGCCCGUGUAGACCCGCCACGUCCCACCUAGGAUUUGGGGCUGGUGUAGAUGCGCCACGUUUCGUAUAAAUUACAAGGGCCUAUAGACCCACCAGCUUCCUGCUAGCACCCCCCGCCACGGAAACUCGGCUUCUUAUAGAUGUGGGGUCCCCAUCGGUCAGUAGCACCCCCUAGAAUCCUGGGCCCUGUAGAUCCUGGGUCUUGGGACCACCACAUGCUCUUGUAGAAUUCUGCUCCCCUUUUAAGUCUCCACAGGUCCCGCAGACUGGCUGCUUUACAUAUGGAAUCAUGACCCGGUGUGCUUCUGAGCUCCGAGUAGAUCCACCUGUUUGAACUUACCAAUAGAGUAGAAUCUGGAGCCUUAUACAUUCCAAGGGCCCCUCGUGGACUUACCUUGACUACUCUGUAUUUUAAGUUCUUUAAGGCUCCCGGAGGUUCUUGGGCACCAGGGACAUCCACUCAGUGUCUUAUAGACCCCGAACCUUGCAUAGAAUCCAGGCGCCCAUGUAGUCCCCGACUGGUGCCUGCUUUGCUCUAGGACCCUCGCCUCUCUAAGAACCUAAACCUUCCCUGACCACCGCCACCCCCAGUCCCAUGCACACAGUAUCCCCUCUGCUGGGCCGUAGGCCUUUUCAGUUGCCUACAGAUCCAUCUGACAGUUUCAGCGUGUGAUUACCCUUUGUGGUACCCCCUCACCGUCUAUCUCCUAAGCAGCCAACCCCCCACCUUCCCUUCCAGAAUGCUCUCUUGAGCCCUAAGCCUCUGUGGAGCAGCCUGAGCAGCAACCCGCACUCCUGCCCAAGUCACAGUGCGCACAUACCCCUGCCUUUCCCAGACACCAACUUUGGUUCAGAUUGUAGUUUCCUAAGGUUGGGGUGGGGGUUCGCCAUGCUCUGAAGCAGCACAUUCUGAUAGUUAAAUGCAUAAACUCUGGAGCCAGACUGCUUGGGUCUGAAUCCUGGCUCUGUCUCUUACGAGCUGUGCUUCAGGUUCCUCUUCCGAAAAAUGAAGGUAGUUAUAAAACUGACCUCCAGGAGUCAUUUAGAGGAUUAAAUGAGUUAAUACCUAUAAAGCAGUAAUGUUAUGCAUGCUAUAUACUUAAUAGCAUGUAUUAAAUGUUAGCUAUUGUUUCAAUUUCCGUGAUGAGGAGUGAAGGAGAUAACAUGUAUCAGGUGCAUGAUUCGGGGCCUGCCUGGCACUGAGCAUUUGCUCACAUACCGUGUGUCCUCUCCUUUGCACUUUUUGGACUCUCCCUGCCUCUGUUGAACCGCCCCCCCCAAGUGGAGUGAGCAUGGACCUUCCAUGUGCGCAGUCAUGUUUUCCAACCCAGAAGUUGCAGCUGGUGGCCUGGUGAAGGUUUUCCAUCUCGAACGGGAAUACUAAUCGCAUGAGGUGCUUGUGGUUGUGAGCGUUAAGUGAGUUCAGAUGUGAAGCCCUUGGAGCAAUGCCUAGCACACUGUAAGUGCUAGCCCCGUGGAGCCCAUGGAGGCAGAGGACAUCCCCCGCGGGCUGGCCCCAGGACCACCGCGGCCUGGCCUGGUGCCAGUCAGCAUCAUCGGGGCUGAGGACGAGGAUUUUGAGAACGAGCUGGAGGCGAACACAGAGGAGCAAAACAGCCAGUUCCAGAGCCUGGAGCAGGUGAAGCGGCGGCCUGCCCACCUCAUGGCGCUCUUGCAGCACGUCGCCCUGCAGUUUGAACCUGGACCCCUGCUCUGCUGCCUGCACGCGGACAUGCUGGCUUCUCUGGGCCCCAAGGAGGCCAAGAAGGCCUUCCUUGACUUCUACCAUAGCUUCCUGGACAAGACCGCGGUCUUGCGGGUGCCGGUCCCUCCCACUGUCGCCUUUGAACUUGACCGCACGCGGCCCGACCUCCUCCCUGAGGACGUCCAGCGGCAGUUUGUGCAGGAGGUAGUGCAGAGCCAGCAGGCAGCCGUCAGCCGGCUGCUGGAGGACUUCCGCUCCAAGCGGCUCAUGGGCAUGACGCCCUGGGAGCACGACCUGACCCAGCUGGAGGCCUGGGUUGGGCGGGACCGUGCCAGCUUCGAGGCCCGGGAGCGGCACCUGGCCGAGCGGCUGCUGACCCAUCUGGAGGAGAUGCAACCCACCAUCUCUACCGAUGAGGAAAAGAGUGCCGCUGUGGUCAGCGCCAUCAGCCUGUACAUGCGCCACCUUGGGGUGCGGACCAAGAGUGGAGACAAGAAGUCGGGGAGGAAUUUCUUCCGAAAAAAGAUGAUGGGGAAUCGGCGGUCAGAUGAGCCAACCAAGACCAAGAAAGGCCUGAGCAUCUUCCUGGACGCCGCCCGCUGGAACCGGGGAGAGCCUCAGGCCGCCGAUUUCCGACACCUCAAAGUCGAGGCUGAUGCUGAGAAGCCAGGCCUUACGGAAAGGAGGGGAGGCCUGGGGGUGCCCUCCCGGGACCGGAAUGUUGGGGCUCCUGGGCAGGAUGUCCCUGGAGUUUCUCUGCACCCUCUGUCCGGAGACAGCCCCGACAAGGAACCAGGUGUUGAUGCCCCACCAGAGCUGGGGGAUGCGCCCCCGCAGGGCCCGGCCGGCCUGGAGCCCCUGGCGCCGCCGGAGAGCACUGAGGAGGGCGCUGACACAGAGAGAAGGUGGAAGAGGCUAUCGGGGCGUCUGGGGCGCUCGGAGAGCCUGCGGGUGAGUGACCGCCGCCGGCCUUCCCGGGGCAGCCUCGGGGCUAAGGGCCGGGGUGGGGGCCGCUCCCGGAGUGACGUGGACAUGGACCCCAGCUCUGCCACGGCCGUGCUUGGCCCUGCCCGACGAGCCACCCCUGAGCCCGGAGAUGAAGGGGACCCAGGACGGUCAGGACUAGAGCUGGAACCAGAAGAGCCCCCUGGCUGGCGGGAGCUCGUCCCCCUUGGCACCCUGCACAGCCUGCCCAAGAGCCAGGUGAAGCGGCAGGAGGUCAUCAGCGAGCUGCUGGUGACAGAGGCCGCCCACGUGCGCAUGCUCCGGGUGCUGCAUGACCUCUUCUACCAGCCCAUGGCGGAAGGGGGCUUCUUCUCUCAGGAGGAGCUACAGAACAUCUUUCCCAGCCUGGACGAGCUCAUCGAGGUGCAUUCCCUGUUCCUUGAUCGGCUGAUGAAGCGGAGGCAGGAUAGUGGCUACCUCAUUGAGGAGAUCGGAGAUGUGCUGCUGGCCCGGUUUGAUGGUCCCGAAGGCAACUGGUUCCAGAAAAUCUCCUCCCGCUUCUGCAGCCGCCAGUCGUUUGCCUUAGAGCAGCUCAAAGCCAAGCAGCGCAAGGAGCCUCGGUUCUGUGCCUUUGUGCAGGAGGCCGAGAGCCGCCCGAGGUGCCGUCGCCUGCAGCUGAAGGAUAUGAUCCCCACGGAGAUGCAGCGUCUGACCAAGUAUCCCCUGCUCCUGCAGAGCAUUGGGCAGAACACAGAAGAGCCGGCGGAACGGGAGAGAGUGGAACGGGCAGCUGAGUGCUGCCGGGAAAUUCUGCACCAUGUUAACCAAGCUGUGCGCGACAUGGAGGACCUGCUGCGGCUCAAGGAUUAUCAGAAGCGCCUGGACUUGUCCCACCUGCGGCAGAGCAGUGACCCCAUGCUGAGCGAGUUCAAGAACCUGGACAUCACCAAGAAGAAGCUGGUGCACGAGGGCCCGCUGACGUGGCGGGUGACGAGGGACAAGGCUAUAGAGGUCCACGUGCUGCUGCUGGACGACCUGCUGCUGCUACUCCAGCGCCAGGACGAACGGCUGCUGCUCAAGUCCCACAGCCGGACGCUGACGCCCACGCCCGACGGCAAGACCAUGCUGCGGCCCGUGCUGCGGCUCACCUCCGCCAUCACCCGCGAGGUGGCCACCGAUCACAAAGCCUUCUAUGUCCUUUUCACGUGGGACCAGGAGGCCCAGAUAUACGAACUGGUGGCCCAGACCGUGUCAGAACGGAAGAACUGGUGUUCCCUCAUCACCGAGACUGCUGGAUCCUUGAAGGUCCCCGCUCCCGCCUCUCGCCCCAAAUCCCGGCCCAGCCCAAGCAGCACCCGAGAACCCCUGCUCAGCAGCUCGGAGAACGGCAACGGUGCUGGCCGAGAGAUGCCCCCAGUGGACAGCCGGACCGAGAGAAUCCUCAGCACCCUCCUGCCCUACUGCAGGCCCGGCCCCGAGGGCCAGCUCGCGGCCAAGGCCCUUGAGAAAGUGCUGUCCCUGAAGCAGCUCCUGUUUCCCUCGGAGGAAGACAGCGGGGCGGGACCUCCCCGUGAUGGGGAUGGGGUCCCAGGGGGCGGCUCCCAGAGCCCGACCCAGACCCAGGAGAUUCGGGAGAAGCUGCUCAGCCUGGAGGAGACCCUGAAGCAGCUGGAGGAGGUGGAGGAAGAAUUUUGUCGCCUGCGACUCCUCCUGUCUCAGCUGGGGGAGAACAGCGCCCCCCCGCCUGGCUGUACCUGAGGCCCCCCGCCCCAGGCAGGCCUUUUGCAAGACUGAGGGCCACCCGCCGCCACCGCACAGCUGCCGCAGCAUCUCCAACCCCAAGGGCCUGAGGAGAGGGAGCUGGGGGGCGGGGGGGCUGUGCCUGGGG